AUGGUGUCUCCGUCGGAACUGGAGGCGGCCAUCCACUCGAAGCUGGGCGACAUUGAGACGCUAUUUGUCUCGGAUGUCUCGGGCGGAUGUGGACAGGCGUACGAUGUAGUCAUUGUCUCGGACCAGUUUGAAGGCAAGUCGACGCUGCAGCGCCACCGCCUCGUGAAUGAUCGACUCAAGCCUGAAAUCGCAUCCAUGCACGCAUUCUCGCAGAAAACCUACACGCGCAAGCAGUUCGAAGAGCUCAAGUCCAAGUAUGCACGCAGCGAGACCCAGGCACCGUCUGCUGGAGCACCGGUGGCGGAGCAGGCGGCCGGGAGCAGCGCGCCGCCAGUGCCGCCGCUGCGGCUGCCUCUGACGCCUGAGCGGUCGGCGGUCCCGGAAGUCACGCUGACGCCUGUGACCGAGGCGCAGAAUGUCUUCAAUGGAUCGUCAGGCGCAUCGUCACAGUCAGAUUACGAUAUGCGGACCUCCGACUCGCUCAGCACCUCACGGCUGUACCGCACACGCAUCUCCGACCCUGAGUUCUGGCUCCAAAUCCGACACACGCUCGAGGCGCAGCUCAUGGCGUCCGAUGCAGAGGCGGAGGAAAUGGCGACAGAUGCUGACACCUCGUCCUCGCGCAUCCGCGUGCCGGGCCAGUCGGAGGCGGCCAUGCUGUUCGAGGACUUUUUCCUCAGCCAAAAGCACUACCUGAGCGCUAGCGACAUUGCGCGCAUCCGCGACGUUACGGGCAUGCACGGCAUGCAUGGAUAG